AUGGUGAAGGAAUCAAAGCUGUACGAUACAUUAGGUGUCAAGCCUGAUGCCUCUUCGGACGACAUCAAGAAGGCUUAUCGAAAAGGUGCUUUAAAAUACCACCCGGACAAGAACAAGGACAGCAAGAUUGCUUCUGAAAAGUUCAAAGAAAUAUCACAAGCAUAUGAAAUCCUAUCAGAUCCGGAAAAACGAAAAAUUUAUGAUCAGUUCGGUCUUGAAUACCUCCUUCGUGGCGGAACAUCUUCGCCUCCGCCGCAAAAUAGCGGCGGUGGUCCUCACCCAUCGUUCGGCCGGUCGGAUACCUUUCCAAGCAACUUCCCUGGCAUGGGUGGAGGGCGCUCAUAUUCUUUCUCCGGGUCCAAUUUCAAAAACUUCAGCUUUAGAAACCCAGAGGAUAUAUUUGCCAGUUUCAGAAUGGAAGGGGGAUUUGACGACCUUGAUUUUGGAUUCGGCUCUGGGAGUCCGCUUGGCGGUGGUGGUAGUCGAGGCGCUAGUCGCGGUAAUCAUAGCCAUGGGUUCCCGGAACAGAGGUUUGGGUCUUCAAGAGGGCCAGAAAUGAAUGGCAGGAGCAAAACUCCAGAAUCAACAGUUUUGGAGAAGCACAUCGGAUUUACUUUAGAGGAGUUAUUCAGUGGUACAAAAAAGAAGCUACGUGUCAAGAGGAAAACUUUCGAUGCAGAUGGAAAAAUAUCAAGGGAAGACAAGGAUCUUGAUAUUCCUGUCAAGGCUGGCAUGAAGGCUGGAUCAAAAUUCAAAUUUAAGGGUGUUGGGGAUGAAAUCGAUGGAUCAAAGCAAGAUCUCCACUUUAUUAUUGAAGAGAAACCUCAUGAGUAUUUUGUCCGUGAUGGAGAUGAUCUAAUCAUAACACUCUCAAUUCCGUUGAAGGAUGCUUUGCUUGGGUGGUCGAGGACAGUAAACACUAUCGAUGGAAAGCAAUUAAAAGUAGCACAUGCUGGACCAACCCCGCCAACAUGGCAGGAAAGCUUCCCCGGACAGGGCAUGCCAAUAUCGAAGAACCCUACUGAGCGUGGUAACCUCAUUGUAAAGGUCAAUAUCGUUUUUCCUGCAUCAUUGACGCCUGACCAAAAGAACCAACUCAGAACCAUCCUUCCUUAG